AUGCCCAACUUCUUCUCUGCUGAACUAGCCGACACUCUCGGAGCAUUUUAUCUGGGUGUACUGCUCGAUUCCGCCUUAUUUGGUGUCACCAAUGUGCAAGUGUACAUGUACUCUCGCGAUUGCAAGCAGGAUGGAAUAUGCCUGAAGUUCUUGAUUGCCAUUUUGUGGGUUCUUGCUGCCGUGCAUACGGCACUGGGGGCGUACUCGCUUUGGUUCGAUAUCAUCACGAAUUUCGGCAGCUACCUAGACUUGCUGACCCCUAUAUGGGCCUUCUGGGCAACAGCCCCUGUUACUCUUGCGAGUGACCUUAUACUGCGAUAUAUCUUCUGCAUGCGCGUAUGGAGUUUUAGCAAUCACAACUGGCUCUUGGCGGCCAUUGUGGCAAUCACGUCCUUCCUAGCCCUUGGAACUGGGAUCAAGUUCGUCGUCGAUGGUUUCACCAUACCUUCUGUGUUGAACGUUUGGGAUCGUACGAUCACCUGGACAUUCAAUACGAGCCUUUCAGCUGGUGCAGCAGCCGAUAUAAUACUCGCGGUAGCUAUGUGCACCCUACUCUAUCGGAGAAAAACUGGUUUACAAACUUCUGACGGAAUCAUAACGAAGCUGAUCAUGUACGGUAUCAGCACUGGGGUCUUGACAAGCCUGUGCGCUGUAGCGGCUGUUAUAUGUUAUUCAGUGAUACGGGACACCUUUAUCUUCAUGGUUUUCUACAUGAUCUUGAGCAAGCUUUUCUUCAACGCUCUACUCGCCGGCCUGAACGCGCGAAGCGGUCUUCGGCACACCCCGGAAGAUUACUUCACCGUGCCUUUCAGCUCGAAGAGAAAGGGAUCGAAGGAGGGAGUAGGACAAGCCGAGGCGGGGCUCAGACUCGCUGACGCCGGACAAGUGGUGACACCAAUCGCGUUCGUGAGAGGAACGUACGACUCAGAAAGUCAGAGCAGCGGUCUGGAAAGCUGA